AUGCCUUCUCUUCAAGAACAGUUGAAGAGUUUAAAAACUCCGGUUUCCAAACAGUUGGGAGUUGAAAAGAUAACAGAUUCCUUAUUGUUUGAUCGAAAAGAGGCUGCUACCUUUACUUCAGAAGAGUAUUUCAACUUGGGUACGUUUUAAAAUUUGUCUUUAUUUGUGUUUAGGCUUGUUGGGCUUGCAAAAGCUGCGUAAGUUGGAUAGAACACUGGCUGAUGCCGAGUUCGAUCUGUUUCACCCAGCUAAAGUGUCGUUCAAUAGGGCUGUGAUAAGUGCUGAACAAAAUGAAGAGCUGGACAAGAAGUUGAGGAGUUUGUUGGUGCACAUUUGUCCGUAUUUUCAUCAUCAGUCUUGUAGACAAGUACUGGAAUGGCUGAUCCACAAGUAUCAGGUAAUAUUAGCUCUUUAUGUCUGCUUUUUAUUUUUACGAUUUAAGAGCAUUUUAGUGACAUUUUUUUUAUGAUUGUAUUUUUAUUAUCUUGAUUUAGAUUCAAUUGUACAAUGCUGAUUUGAUAGCCAACUUGUUCCUUCUAUAUCACUCGACCAACUCUUUCGGUCGAUUGUUGUCGAUUCUGAAUCUGACGAAGAAAGAAUGGUCUUUUUGUUCAGACUACGCUACAAAAGGCUUGCCAAUUCCAUUUGAAGUGCUUGUGAAGGGUUGUUUGAAGACGGGAGCUACAUUUAUAUCUUCACUGUCAGCUACGUUAACAGAAGCUAUUCAACUGGUCGGAGAAGAUUAUGUGGCUGAUAAGAUGCAAAUGCAUUUCACCUUCUUUGCUAGUCUUGUUGUUCAUCUGUUUGCGGACCCUGCUCAUAUUACUGAAGAACUUAUUUCAAGAGUCAUACCUUUUGUAGGUAUCGCUUUGAAGUCGAAAGUUUUGCCGUACAAGACAGCAGGUUACAUCAUUAUUUGUGAUUUGUGCAUGAAUACGACAUUGGCAGAAGAUGUGUUGCAAAAUGUGUUGAAACUUUGUUUAUCCGUAAGUGAUUUUGUUGUGUAGAAUUUUAGGUAUUUAAACUAUGAAAUUUAAAAUAUAUAGUGUUAUAUAUAUUAAAAUAUUUAGAGUUUAUGGUGUUAAUGGAGAUUUAAUUAUAAAAAAUAACGUUAUAACUUUAGAAAGUGAAAGCAGAAUGGUUUGAAAUGACAUUAAACACAACUUUUGUCAUAACACAACAUCAGAGGUUGAACACGUUACCUUUGAAAGCCACUUUGAACUUUUUGAAGAGAUCAGAAGCUGAUGAAGAUAUUAAUCUACAAGAGUUUUUAGCUACAGCUACUAGGAAGUUGGACAUUAGUGCGUUUAUUGUGGCCUUUACAAAGACUAUAACAGCUUUCUUGGCUCAAGGAGGUAAGACAUGAUAUGUUUUUGGUAGUAAACUGGUUUUUAUUUUGUAAUCAAGUUAUAAAUUGUUUAUUUGGGUAAGACAUAAUAUAAUAUGACAAAUGUAUUUUUGGUUAUGAAUAACUGUGUAUUGGAAAAAAGUAAUGGCUAUAUUGUUUAGAAGCAGAUACUGAAACGGAAGAACUUGUGCUGACAUACCUUGAACUUUUGUUGGAUUUGGAGAACAUGAGUUCAGCUACAGCUCAAGGAUUCUUGGAAGCUAUUUUGGAGAACUUUUCAACUAAAGAAGGUGUUGCUAUUCCAAGCAGGUUGUGUCCUAUCGUCAAGAAUGUUGUUAUUAGGUAGGUAAACAUGUAUUUUGUUCUAGAAGACACGCUUUUUUUGGUCGAGAAUACACGCCUAGAUUAACUUUACAAUAAUUAAAUUGAUUAAGGAUGAUUAACGUAACUUGUUGUAGAUUUUCAACAAUAUUUGAUCAGUUCCGAGCUCAGAACCAUCUAACAGACGGCCAAAUGCUUGGAAGAUUGAUGGAACAAUGUAAAAUUGCUGAACAUGAAGUAGGAGUGCUCGAUUUUACUGAGAACAAAAAGAAGCGAAGAAGGCGAACAUCGAGUAUGAGAGUGUUAGAAGAAGACCCAACUUUGUCUGUAGCACAAGGUUCUGCGCCUAAAAUCAGCGUAAGUUUUAGACUAGUGCAAUAUGCAAGGUCACAUUUAAAAUUUUGGUACAAUUUGUUUAUAACUUGCAGUUCACUUACAGUUUUUAGGUAUGAAAGUGGAUUUUUUACUGAAGGGUCUAAUUUCUUUGCUUAAUGUUUGUUAUUGUGAAUAUUUCAGAAGAAAGAUCAACUCGAUGCCUUACAAAGUGGAAACGAGAUCAAGAAGAUGUUCAAAAGACCAGUAUCGGAUAUUGCGGAUAUGUUAAAUGCUGACGAUAUUGAUGUGAAAGAAGUGGAAUGGGCUUUAUUAUCUUUAAAUGAUGACAAUUACUUGUCCAGACAAACUUCUAAGGAGUUGAAUGGUUUCUGGGGAAAUGUUGUUGUAUUCAUUUCGAAAAACCCGAAAUCAGAACUACGAAAGGCUUUGAAACUGGCAUUGGUUAAGGUUGGUAUAUAUAUUUUUUGUUUCUCGUUAACAUUUUUUUAAAUUUGUUUUGAAUACAACACGGAAAAUUAGUUUUUAAAUAUUUUAUUAACUACUACAAUAUAGAAACUGUUUUUUUAACUCUUAAAAUUUAGGUGAAUAUUGCGGACAAGUACAUAGUGUCGUUAAUGUCAAGACAUCAAAUUGCAGCUAAGAAGCCAAAAUUGGAAAAUAAUAAUGGAAUUGAAGAGACUUUGGCAAAAGAAAGUGAUCAGGAGUUUGGCGAUCGAAUCUUGUUUGUUCUUGAAGCUUUAUUGGCUUCGAUCGUUGUGACGCCUUCUAAAGCUGUCAUUCAUAGGAUAUUCAAGCUCAUUGAAAUGUAAGCGCUUAUAUUUAUGACAUUAACUUGUUUUAACAAUUUUUAUUUUUUAGGUAUUAUUUGCAGAAAACAUAGUUUUUUAAAUAUAAUAUAAUGGAUGACUGAUUUUUCAAUUAGAAAGUAAUAUUUAUCGGUUUUAUAAAUAUUAUAUCAUUUCUUUACUUUUAGAUCUCAAGUCACUGAUAAGGUCAUAGAACCCUUGAAGAACCCUGUACAAGUACAACAGAUUUGCUUUGCCUACUUGGUGAAAUCUCUUCGAAGUUCAGAAGUUCUUCAAACCAUCGAAACUGAAUGUCAAGCUGAAGUCUUGAUCAACAUUAUCAGAUUUGGUCAUGAUGUUAACAUAUUGAGGAACGCUUUGAAGGUUCUUACGGCUGUAGCACCCAGAAUGCCAACUAAACUGACAGCGCAAGUAAUGUCACUCUUUGCUUUUAUGGGCGAAGGACUUUUGAAGAAGGACAACGAAAUGACAUUGGCUGUAGUCGAGGAAUCUUUGUCAUCUUUGAUCACAGCUGUCUUACAAUCAUUCCAAAAAGGGUCUAUUGAACUGAAACGACAACUACUGGCCAUCAGCAGAAUAUUCGCCAAAUCUCUUCACGAUAUUCCAAUCCAUCGUCGACUGAAGGUGGUGAAGGUAAUUGGAAGUUGUGUGGAACCUGAAGAUUUGUGGAUUGUUUUCGCUUCAAUCUACGAAGACUUUUGUUUGAAUUGGGUAAAAGGAACGGCCAGAGAUUGGGAGGAGGAACUGGACUACCUCUCUUUGGACUUGUUGGGAUCUUUGGCUCCAGAACAUCAGAUCCAAGCGUGCAUUGACCUGGUGAGGUAUAUUGUUGGUUUGAGCGGAGAUGAGGGCAAAGGAAAGAAGUACGACGCUUUUGAACUGAAGAUAUUUGAUGGAGGUAAUCAGCCAUUGAAGAAGUUGCGACAUUACCGGUAUAUUGUGAUUGGUUUUGUUGUGAAGGGCGUUAGUCAACCAGUGCUGUUUGAAGAGGUAGUUUCUUAUGUCUAUGUUAUUAUUACUUCUUUUUGAAUUUAUAGGUCAAAUUAAAGUUUAAUAUUAUUCUAAUCUUUUUUGUCAAACUUUUAUUGAACUUAGUUUUUUAAAUUUACAACCAAUUUUAGUUGGCCAACUUGUCAGACGAAGAAAUUUACGAAAGAACAGCAAGUGUUGGUGUCAAAAUGCUGGAGACCAUCUCGGCUUUGGAUGACUUUGUCCUAAAGGAACUGACAACAGCAGAAAAGAAGGAACAACAAGCCAGAGGCAAAGCUGAUGCACCUGGAGCUAUUCAAACCCUAAAAUACUGGAUUGCGUUAUCAGCGAGAGCCGAAGUAAUAGCGGACAAGAUGAGAUGCAUGUUACCGGCUAAUGUCAGCGGCCACAUUAUUUGUGAUCUUUUGGAUAACAAGUCCACCACUUCUAAAAUGAGAGAUCGUGCUUUGCAGCUUCUGAAUGUUAAGUUAUUGAGUGAAACAAGCAAAGAUGGCGAGAAAUCAGAACAGUUUGAUACCUAUUUGGUCAAGUUCGCCAAGCUGUUAAGUCAGUGGAUUAAGGUGGCGAAGAAGGUGGAGGAUGUAAGUUGUUGUAAUACAAAUAUGUUGUAGUAGUACUAAUGACCUGUUUAUCUUUUUACGAAUUGUAUUUCAGGAUUUUUAUAUUGUUUGUAAUCAUGUUUUAGGUUGCAUUGUGCCAAAAAGCGGCGUUUUCUUUGAAAUUACUGGCCAAAAGAGUUGUCUCAACAGAGUGCCAACCGACUUUUGUUGAAGCAUUGAGGAAGUGCUGUGAAAUUGUAAGUAUUUAAAAGUGUUAUUUCAAGGUUUUACAAUUUAAACGUAAUAUUGGCCUUGGAAUAGGGGUUUUUUAAAGUUUGGCAGUUUUAAUAAUUUAAAAAUAUGUCAAUUUAGUUAACCAAAUGGAAAGAUCAAGACGAAGCCAUGCUUGGCAAUAUUCUCUUAUUAGUAGCCGAGAUUGUAAGAUCCAGACUUGUGUCAUCUGCAAUCCGAGAGAAUUGUGACAUUAUCUCUCAAACUUGCUUGAACAUCUUGAAGAAGUGUACUGCCAAUUCAGAACAACCUAAAACAAGUGAAGACACUUCGGCCGUAGCCAGAAGAUUCAGACAUCGUGCUCAUUCUAUGAGUGGAAGGCAGUUCGGAGACGAUGUUGUCUUUGUCUGUGCUUUGACCUUGAUGUUGAGGUUGCUGGAUUAUGAACAUGAAGUAGGUCGUGAAAGCUAGUGUUUUGGAAUUGAAACUUUUAAUGUUUUUUUCUUUAAAGUACAAUCUAAUAGGUCUUACAGCUGUAACUUACUAAUAAUGUUAUUGUAGAGUUCACAAUCGUACCACGAAGACUUCUUGAUCAAAGUAUCCGAACUGACUACUCGUUAUAUUCCAGUAGCUGAAAGCUUGAAAGAAGAAAACGAAGAAGAUAAGAAGUCGGAAACAGCUUCACAAAAGACAUCUCCAGUCAGACAUCGACUACAACAACUUAACACGUCAUUUGCUAACGUUUCAUUAGAAAGACUUCAGGAGUGCUUAAGUGGAGCUGUCAAAAAGGUUCAUGACAAUGUGGUAAGUGUAAUAUCGCAUUAAAAUUGUUUUAAAAAUUUGAUUUUUUGGCUUCUUUUUGUGUGAUUUUGACAUGUGUUAUUUGUUCUUAAUAAUGUUAAGUUAAAUUAAAAUUUAUUUCAGGAAUGUUUGGCAAUCCUGGGACUUUUGUUGGAAGAUGCUGUGAAGAAGAACGAAGAAAACGAAAAGAUUGGCAGUCUUUCUGUCGAAUUCUUGCCGACAGUUAUUGACCUACUUGAGGUCAGAAAGAACACUAAACAUACGGAUGUAAGUGUUUUACAAUAUUAUUUUAGGGAAUUUAAGAUUAACUUAAAAUAUUUUGAAAAACUCUUAUUUCGGAGAAAAUAAUGAUUAUUUAAAGGGCUCUCUUUUUACAUUAUAUUUUAGGCAUUUUUGUUUUGGACUUUUAUUUGCUCAAUUUACCUAAAACAUUCUUUAUGACUAUAUAUUAUCUAUGUUUUUACAGGAAAACCUAGAAUCCUUAAAAUUGGCCGAAACCGCAGCGGCUAGAGCCUUUAUUUCAUUGACCGAAAACUUGAGUGAAUCAGAAUUGACUCCGAUCUUUGGCGAAUUUGCUGAUUGGGUGGAUCAAGCAUUGGAAAGUGAUGAUGAGAAUAUUAAGUACAGAGUGUCUACAGUCUACUUCUUGGCCAACAAGUUCUACGACUACUACAACACGUUGGCUCUGCCAUACUUUAACCGAUUGUUCUCGUAUGUUCCAAAGUUGAUGAAGCGGUUGAAUGUGGCUACAAGUAAGGUUUUGGUUUUAAUUAUUUUGAGAGAUUUAUUUUAAAAUAGUAACUUCAUAUUUUAUUUAGUUAUAUUGUGUUAUAUUCGAAAAAGGGAUAAGAUUCAAAAUUUUAGUUUUUUGUUGUUUUACGAUCAGUUGUGAGGAAUUGAACGUAAUGUUGUAUGAUUUUAGCUGAUUCUGAUGAAUUGUUUAUUGACGGAAGCUCAAAAGGGUCCGUUGAAGGAAUUAUGGCCCACGACUUGAUCAUCCGACUUGUUCAGUUUGUAACAAAAUGUGCCAAACACAGGGUAUUUAUUGGAGAGUAAGUCGAACUUGAACUGGCUUUCAAGAUUUAAUUUUUAUUCCAAUGUUUUAUUAAAAAGGCUUACAUAAAUAUAAAGCAUUCAUGUGCUGAAAAAUGUAAUUGUCAGUGUUUAACCAAGAGAUAAUCAUAAUUUUUUAGAGAUAGAGCCGAAGUAAUUCACGAAUGUAUUCUGGAUGAGCUAGAGAAUCGUAAAGUCAGAGGCCACGAACAAAGAUGUCUCACCUAUCUUAUUGAUUGUAUCUACUACAUCAGUGAGUCGGCUCCAGAUCUCUUUGCUUCUUCGAUUUGUCCAAAACUUUUGGAGAAGCUGAGACACAGUAAUGCCAGAGUACGUCAACGUUCAUUGGUGGUAUUUGACCGUGUAGCCAACAGAGCUGGCGAUGCUAUGGCUCCACUGUUGCCGAUUGUGGUCCAAUCGCUGACGGAAGUCUUGGAAGGCAGGGUUUUUAACUUGUUUGGUACUGGAUAACUUUAAUGAGUAUGAGGGGUUUUAAAAUGAGAUAUGAGUGAAAGAAAUAUGUAAUUGGCGAAGAAAUUGUUAACACAAUGAGUUAUAUUACAUUGAUAUAAGCACGAUACUUAUUUGUAUGAUCACAUACUUUAUUGUAAAAUAUGUUGAAGAAAGCUCCUGUUAUGGCUUACUUAUCACAUUGUUUUCAGAUUCCGACCAGAAAGUAGCCGACCAAUGUGACCGUACCAUUAGAAUGCUGAAGAGUGUAUUUGGAGAGGAAAUACUUCAGAAUUAA